AAACAUUUUUCUUAUGAUCAACUUUUAGAUCAUUUCAGAAAAAGCGAUUCUAUUCAAUUAAAUUAAUAAAUAAUAUUUUACUUUAAUAUAAAUACAAAUAAAAAUAAUAAAAGAACACUAAAUCAUAUUCACAACUCGAAGGCCAAUAUGAAUUCAUCACAUUACUACUCAAGAAAAACAAAUUCAAUGUGUCUCUAUUAAAACCUAAUCAAAUAGUAUCCACGUGAUUUGCGUACAAAAUAUAUUAAUUAAUUUAAAUAAUUACAAUUAUUAUUAAAGUUAUUGUUAUGGUUAUAAUUCCCAUUUGUAAUUUUUGGUUUCUUAAUAUUGAAUUGUCAAUAAAAUACUUUAUUAAACAAAUAUAUUAACAGAAUGCCAGUACUAUGUGCAUCGAAGUGUGGACGAAAUGCAGUUCUAAAAAGACCUAAAACUGGGGAUGCGUUAUGUAAAGAAUGUUUUUUUUGGGCAUUUGAAUUAGAAGUACACUCUACAAUAAUUAAUGGUAAAUUAUUCAAUAAAGGAGAUGUUGUUGCAAUUGCAGCAUCAGGUGGAAAAGAUUCAACUGUAUUAGCUCAAGUACUUAAAACUCUUAAUGAACGCUAUGAUUAUGGAUUGAAACUAGUUUUAUUGUCUAUUGAUGAAGGAAUUACUGGUUAUAGAGAUGAUAGUUUAAAAACAGUACAUGAAAAUAAGGAAGAAUAUGAAAUGCCUUUAAAAAUUUUAUCAUAUGAACAACUUUAUGGAUGGUCAAUGGACAAAAUUGUUGCAGAAGUAGGACGCAAAAACAAUUGCACAUUUUGUGGUGUAUUUAGAAGACAAGCUUUAGAUAGAGGAGCUAUAUUAUUGAGUGUUAACUGUAUUGCUACUGGCCAUAAUGCUGAUGAUAUUGCAGAGACAGUUUUAAUGAAUAUUUUGCGUGGUGAUGUUGCUAGACUUCAAAGAUGUGUUAAUAUUAUUACAGUUACUGAAGGAGCUAUUCCUCGUUGUAAACCAUUGAAGUACACAUAUGAAAAAGAAAUUGUUAUGUAUGCAUAUUUUAAGAAACUUAACUAUUUUUCAACAGAAUGUGUUUAUGCUCCAAAUGCUUAUAGAGGUCAUGCGAGAACAUUUCUAAAAGAUUUAGAAAGAUUGAAACCAUCGUCAAUUAUUGAUAUCAUACAUUCAGGUGAAACAAUGUGCAUAAAAGAAAAUGUAAAAAUGCCUGAAAAAGGAAUUUGUACUAAGUGUGGUUUUGUAUCUAGUCAAAGAAUUUGUAAAGCAUGUAUGUUGUUAGAAGGACUUAAUCGAGGAUUACCUAAGCUUGGAAUCGGCAAAACUAGUAAAGCAACUAAAGUAUUAGUUACUUUACCCAAUUCAAAACGAAUAGAUUUUUAAAUAAAAAUUAAAUUAAAUAUAUAUAUUUUUUUUUUGAUAA